CCAGGCAAGCUCGAUGAGCUUCGCCGACAACUCAAGGAAUUUGUAAAGAAGGGUUAGAUCUGACCGAGUGUCUCUCCUUACGGGUCUCCAGUUCUAUUCGUACCUAAGAAAAAGGAGGGUACACUUAGGAUGUGCAUUGAGUAUAGGGGCCUCAAUGCCAUCACUGUAAAGAAUAGAGAGCCCCUACCGCGCAUCGAUGAUCUGUUAGAUAGAGUGCAAGGGUGUCGGUACUUCAGUAAGAUAAAUAUGAAGUCCGGGUACCAUCAGAUUGCAAUCCGGCCUGAGGAUCAGCACAAAACUGCUUUUUAUUCCAGGUACGGUCUGUACGAGUUUGUGGUGAUGCCUUUCGGCCUUUGCAAUGCUCCUGGCACCUUUCAGCGCGCUAUGAAUCGGAUAUUUCAUGACUACUUGGAUAAGUUUGUCAUCGUGUACCUCAAUGACAUACUUAUUUUUAGUAAGACUGUUGAGGAGCAUGUUGCACAUUUGGACGAAGUCCUCAACCUCCUGCGACAAUACAAGUUCAAGAUCAACGGUGAGAAAUGCGAGUUUGGCCGCACCCGUGUCUUGUACUUGGGCCAUGCGAUAUCCGCAGAAGGGUUAAAGCCCGAUGACGCGAAGGUGGCCAGCAUUCGUGAUUGGCCACGUCCUCAGUCUGUGACUGAGAUGAGAUCUUUCUUAGGAAUGACAGACUACUAUAGGACUUUCGUCAAGAACUAUAGCAUAGUGGCCGCUCCUUUGACUGAUCUGACUCGCCUUGACACCCCAUGGGAAUGGACAGACGAGUGUGAGGCUGCUUUCAGACAUCUGAAGCAUGCGUUGACACACUACGAGGUCUUGAAGCUUUCCGAUCCUGACAAACCCUUUAUAGUCACCACGGAUGCCAGCCAAUAUGGCAUUGGCGCCGUGCUUGCACAGCAGGAGGGGCCAAAGUUGAGGCCUGUAGAGUACAUGUCCAAGAAAAUGUCGUCUCAGAAGUUGGCUAAGUCCACUUAUGAGAAAGAACUCUAUGCGGUUUACAAGGCUCUGACUCAUUGGAGGCACUAUCUCCUUGGGAGGUUCUUCAUCCUCCGAACUGAUCAUCAGACCCUGAGAUGGAUGAGAACUCAGUCGGUACUCUCUGACGCUCUCAAGUGUUGGAUCAAAGUCAUUGAGCAUGACUUUGACCCUCAGUAUCUGAAAGGGGAGUACAACAAGGUUGCUGAUGCCUUGUCGCGUAGACCUGAUUUCUCAGGUGCGUUGACUACUGAGUUCAAUUUGACGGACAAUGUUACUCAGUCCUUGGUGGAAGCCUAUCGCGAGGACCAGUUCAUGUCUGAGAUCAUACGCAGACUGCAGACGAAGGACAAGAAGACCUUUGCCGAGUUUGAAUUGGUCAAUGGCUUGUUGUUCCUUGAGAAGGCUGGGACUAUGUAACCGUUUGAACGUCGUGAACGUUCGUUCGCGUUCAAAUGUGCGUUUGAACGCGGAUUUAAAUUCGCG